UGUGCAAUAGUGUGCGUGAUGUGCUCUGACGUAUCACCAAGACCCUCGAGUUGUCACCCCCCUCUAAUUUUAGACUUGUGCUCGUCGGCAGCGACAGCACAUGACUUUAAGCCUGUGUGGUCUUAUUGAACAUUGGCCAAGCCGGCCAACCCCCCACAGCCCAGCUCAGCCAAUAAGAUUAAAGCCCUGCGUGUAGCAAGGAUUGAAUUAAGUAUCAAAACACAGUAGAAAUAGUGCAUCUGACAGUUGUCAAAAGUUCCUGGAUCUCAGAGAGCAGAAAUUUUGCAGCAAGAGGAACUGUGAAGACAAAAGAACCGGGUGUUACCUGUGUCUCAGAUUCCUGUUGAAUACACUGUUAUGGCCUAACUCAACGCAAGCCAAGUGACGUUUGGACUUCAGUUGAUCGCUGCUCACUACAUCAACAUGGGUCGCUACCUCGGCACCAACCUGUGUUCAAGCUCUGUGAACAGGACUUUGAAAAUGUGCCGCAAAAUUAGGUACACAAUGAGCCCUAUCAGAAAGGACCAGCGUAUGGCCAAAGCACUGCUCAGUCUGGACAAAUAUUCACAGCUGCCACCCUCUCAACCUUCUAGAUCUGCAAGACAGGCUGCUUUUAACAAUGUAAAGCACAGUGAUGCAUGCUCUACCUCUCACUGCUUCCUCCGAGACUAUACCAAAGAAGCAAGGCAUCUCCAGAUUGUGCGUUUUUGUUCGUCUUCUGACAGGGAUGCAUUCAAAGCCGACGCUCCAGUUGGUAUUUAUGAGGAGGCUCAGAGCAAUUUUCAUCUGAGUUCACUGGGAGGACGUCUCGGUCAAUCAUUUAACCAGUUGUCCAGACACAUUAACAUUUAUUUCAAGAGAAAGAAUGCUGUAGCGCUUGCUGAAAAUGUCACUCUUGUUGUCACAACUCCAGAGUAUCUUGGCAGGCAGCAGAGGCGCAGACAGAGUCAACGGGCAACCACAGAGCAAAAUGUUUCUGAGAGCAAAGACACAGCGCAAAGCAAACAAGAGAGCUCAGAAACAAGUUCUUCAACAAAGGAAUUAUCUGCGCUGCAACUAUUUCAUACCAGCUCUUUAGCAACAAGAUUUGGUGAGAGCUACAGCUACGUUGCUCAUCACAUUAACUCAGUGUUCUCUCGAGGUUUUGCAAAAGUUAGAGGCCAGGAGGAUCUGGAAGCCGUGUCUUCUACCAGAGGGACCAACAGGAGGCAGAAGAGGAGAAAACUGCAAAACACGUACAUUACAAAUGCUAAAGAUGACGACCUGCCUCAAGUGACAUCCAGUAGUGAAAAGGCAGCAGUGGAACACAACAAUCUCUCCAGCAGCUGGGAGGAAGGAUACCUUUACUUUGCAAGACACAUCAAUAGAUACUUUGGUGCCAAAGUUACAGAUGAAGCUCAGAAUAAAAGAGAACAGCUGCCUGUAGAAAAGAAUAAUGCUUGCAAAAAAUACAUUUCAACACAAUCUGCAUUACAAACUCACAAGUCACAACCGAAGCAAGCACCGAUUAACCCUGAAUCUGGAGGCCUUUUCCACCGCAGCUUUAAUGCAACUGACUUCGGUGAAAGCUAUUUUCAGACAUCCAGUCACAUCAAUCAGUAUUUCAAGAGUCAAAGCGAACUGGAUGAGGACACUGAUGGAAAUCACAUGACAAAGAUGAACCCUGGAUCCCUGAAAACCCUUGAGAGGACAAAAACUGUAUCUUUCAUGGACUGCCUUCUCCACCCGACGAGUGCCAUUCCAGACCUGCUGGGUUCUUAUCUAAAAGCAGGCACCAUGUCCCAGACUAACAAGCCCAAAACUGCCAUGACGCCACCACAGGCAAUGAUAAAUAAAAAGCUGGUCUUGAGUCACAGGAAGGCAGAGGAAAUGACUCUUGGGUUGCUGGGCAGUUUGGGACUGGCUUCAUCUCCACAAGCUUUUGUUACCUGCAUUGAGGCACUUAAUGAACACCUGAUCCGCUACCCCUCAUGUAAAGCUCUGAUCUGGCAGGAGAAAACUGCAGUCACGCUGUUGAGACAGCGGCGAACCUACAGACACCACCAGGAACUUCAGGCUGCUGUAAGAGAAAGCUUGGCUCUGAUUGGAUAUGUGGAUCCAGUCAAAGGUCGUGGCAUUAGAGUGCUCUCAAUAGAUGGUGGCGGCACAAGAGGUGUGGUGCCUCUGCAGUUUUUAAAGCUGCUGGAAGAAGAAACAGGCAAAAAGAUCCACCAGCUGUUUGACUACAUCUGUGGAGUGAGCACAGGUGCCAUUCUGGCCUUCAUGUUGGGUCUGGCCCGUUUCUCUCUGGAGGAGUGUGCUGACAUGUAUCGUCGAUUUGGAUCAGAAGUGUUCCGGCAAAACCCGCUGGUUGGCACUGUGAAGAUGGGUUGGAGUCACUCGUACUAUAACACUGAGACCUGGGAGGCAAUACUACAAGAGAAGCUGGGUGGUAGGCUGCUUAUUAAAACAGCCAGAGAUGAGUUAAGUCCCAAGGUUUCAGCAGUCAGCGCAGUGGUAAAUUGGGGUACCAGUCCGAAGGCUUUCGUCUUCCGCAACUAUAACCAUAAACCAGGUUGCCUGAGUCGCUAUGCAGGAGCUUCAGGCUGCCAGAUGUGGCAGGCGGUUCGGGCAUCAUCUGCUGCACCAGGAUACUUCCAGGAGUUCACUUUGCAAAGUGACAUUCACCAGGACGGAGGAAUUCUCCUGAACAAUCCCUGUGCCUUGGCUGUCCAUGAGAGCCGUUUGCUGUGGCCCAACCAGCACUUCCAAUGCGUGCUAUCGCUUGGCACCGGUCGCUAUGACAACGUUAAGAGGGGACCUGCUACCUCCACGAGUUUGAGGGCCAAAAUCAGCAAUCUGAUCUGCAGUGCCACCGACACCGAAGGGGUCCACACCCUGUUGGACGACCUGCUGGCCCCAAACGUCUACUUCCGCUUCAACCCCAUGCUGAGCGCUCAGGUGUCCCUGGAUGAGAACCGACCGGGAGCCCUGGACCUGCUGCAGAGAGACACCCAGAACUACCUGGAGAGGAAUCGGAACAAGUUAGCCAGACUCUGCUUGGUGCUCGGGGCGGAGCGCUCAUCUGUUAGCAGAACUAAGGACUGGAUGAGUGAGAGGGCCUGGGAGAUGAAACAGAGAUUGAUGUGAGGAGGUGAGAGGAGGCAUGUCGACACAGAGAUGAUUAGCUUGUGUACAGACGCACACUUAUACAGACGAUGGAGAAAAAUAACACAAACACUUUAAAGUGCAACAGCACUGCUGCAGAACACACACACAGGUUGACAAAAUGUUUUCUUCCUGUCAUAGUACUUGAUUUUACGGUGUUUGCUGCUGAAAUCAUAAAGGCUGCUACAUGA